AGCCCCCGGAUUUCCAACAUUAAUGAAUCUCCAGAGUUUCUUCCCGAUUGUGCUUCUGUGUCUGUUUUGGGAGACGCUUGAAGCUGCUGCUGGCAACAGACUGAUCGACUUCUCAACCAUGGAUGAUUUCCUUGAUACGUGUAUGGAGGCGAAAUAUCACAAGAACAAACCAACUGCAGAGCCUGGCUUGUAUAAACAGUGCCACCCUUGGAAGAAAAGGGCUUGUUGUGAAGGCAACACGACAGAUUCUCUCCAUAAUUCUGACCGGUGGUAUAACUUCAACUGGGACCAUUGUCCGGGACACACCAUGUCCGGGAAGUGUCGCAGGCAUUUCAUCCAGGAUCUGUGUUUCUAUGAAUGCUCACCCAAUCUGGGACCUUGGCUUGUUCAGAGUAACCGAAAAUUGUCAAAUGAGCGAGCUGUUUAUGUUCCCCUGUGCCGAAGUCAGUGCGACGCCUGGUGGUUAGACUGCAAGGAUGAGUUCACUUGUCGAGAUAACUGGGGCAUGGGAUUCGACUGGUCAUCAGGUGUCAAUAAGUGUCCAGCUGGAAGCGUCUGCGAAACAUUCGAAACCAAAUUCAAGAACUCAACAAAAUUCUGUGAGCAGAUCUGGGACCAUUCAUGGAAAGUUGUGCCAGACAAUUCGCCCUGUAUGCAAAUGUGGUUUGAGAGCGGUAUUAAUCCAAAUGAUGGAGUGGCAAGAAAAAGAGCCACUUACCUCGUCCAGAAAAUUAACUCAGCAGUUGCCCAUUUGUCAAGUUUUGUGGUGGGCCUUUCGUGUUUAUUAUGUUUGAUGAUUUCCCAGGGUGUCUCUAGGCUUUUAUAACUAGACAUUCACCUUUGUUCUGAGAUGAGGCAUCGUAAAUCAGAGACCAUUCAGUUGAUAUGAGGCGACAUGAAAAUCUUGUGUGGAGUCGUACACUCUAUUCAUGAUUGUUAGGGGCCUCGUUGCGUAAAACAUCUCAUCAGGAACAUUAUUAUGAUUUUUGUGUUUUUAUUUGACCGACAAUUUAGUGUUGGUGUAAAAUACUGGAUUCUUUUUGUUGCACUGAACUUGGUGUAUAAAUCAUUAUAUGGUUAUCUUGUUCUGUUGUUAUCAGCAAAAAGGGUGAUAAAAUGAAUGAGUUCAUUCUAGUUUUCCGGUGGUUGCAUUUCGAGAUGUAAAUAUUUUAUAUACUUUUGUUGUUGACAUGGUUGAUAAGAUAAGACCAUGUGACCUCUGGACUCAAUCCCUGGUGUGUCUACUGCUUAUUUCUGCGGUGUUUUUUUUCAUGUAUAUCUUCAAAUGUGCCAAGUGGCAUUCAAAAAUAUCCAAGAAAAAAUCUGUGAAGGAUGUCUGUACAUAGAUGAAGGUGGUAAAGACACCUGGCUCACUCACGUCCCCACAGAAAGUACAUGCUAUCAUUUUGUUCAUUCCUUUCGGGCCCUGUAAAAUGCUUGAUCUCGGUCUGUUUGGAUCAGAUAGUUUCAUGAAGCAGGUUUGUGUAUAUUUUUCUGAUUUCAAGUUUUCAAAGUAGACUUGAGGUAUAAUCAUAUCAUGGUAAAAGAAGACUUAUUGUGCACCUGGAUAUUACUGUCAUUUUUCAGUCUGAGGGAUGCUUCACAAGUUCGGACUUGUGUGAAUGUACUUGUAAGCCUACUCGAUGGACGUCAUUAAAAUGGUGCAGUCAACCUGCUCAAUACAAGAACAAUCUGUGAUCGUACUGAGAAGUCAUCCUGCUAUUUGUAUGUAAAUGUACAUAAUAACCAAUCAUGGAUUUUAUUCCUACAUAAAUGAGAUUCCGAUUGAUUUUGAUUGA